CAAGACCUGCUCCAACUACCAAAACACAGACUGAUCACUGACGUUGUCACGAGGUGGAACAGUUCUUAUGAUAUGAUAGAAAGAUUUUUAGAGCAGCAGCCGGCCAUUUAUGCAGCAUUACUUUCACCAGAUGUCAGAAAAAGUGAAAAAGAAAUAUUCACAUUAAGUGAGCUUGACAUCACAUGUGCAGAAGAUGUGAUCAAAGCUCUCAAACCAAUGAAGGAUGCCACCUUAGUAAUGUCAGAGGAGAGCAUGCCAACGCUGUCCAUUAUUGCUCCACUUCAUGCCAAGCUUGUCCAGAGCACAGAAGAAAGCUCAGAUGACACACAGACUGUGAAGGACAUCAAAGCAGCUAUAGCACAAGAUCUUGGAAAAAGAUAUUGUGAGAAGGCAAUAUUAUACAUGGCAUCAGCUGUUGAUCCAAGAUUCAAGGAUUUACCGUUUCUCUCUGAAGCAGAGAAGAGUGAGACCUACACCAGACUGACUGAUGCYGUCAUGGCUACCAUAAAGGAGCAACCUAAUCAGCAAGAGGAGUUAGACACUGACAGUCCAGGAAAGGAGGCGAUCCCAGGGAAAGCUGAUCACCCACAUGCCAACAAAAGCUGCCCUCCUGCUACCACCUCAGUGCCAGUGCCACCCCUAAAAAGACCAAGAUGUGCAUUGGCUGACUUGCUUGGAGCUACAUUUGCCUCUGCCAAAGACAGUGCUGAAAUUGCACUGUCUGCACAUGAUGUUGCUGCUGCUGAGAUCAGGGCGUUUAGAGAAGAAACUCCCCUGCCUCUUCCAGAAGAUCCUCUCUGCUGGUGGAGGGAACACCAACAGGAUUACCCUCAACUCUCUAAGGUAGCAAAAACUUUGCUCUGCAUUCCAGGCACAAGUGUUUCUGCCGAGCGCGUUUUCUCCACCGCAGGAGACAUUGUUACUGRACAGAGAAGUGUCCUGAAAACUGAGCAUGUGGACAAACUUGUCUUCCUGCACAAAAACCUAGACUCUAAGCAUUAACAUGCAAACCAAAAGCAUCUGAGAAUAUUUGUAUUGCUGUCUUGUGUUGAGACUAUUAUUUUUUUAUUUGUUCUUUUAGAGUCAAUCUUGGCAGUAUUUUCAGUUAUAUAAAGCUAUCAAUAAAUUUAUUUUAUAGUAUGAUGUUUGGUGCAGAGACAGCACACUUAUUUUGAUGACUACAAAAGGUAGUAAAACUGGCAUAAACAGAAUAUGAAUCUAGCAGGAUGUAAUUUGUUACAUAUGGUAUGUCAGUGUUUACAGAUUUAUUUCCUUAAUGCUAAGGUUAAGAAUACCACAAGCACUUUUGUUUAUUGAUCUAUUUUAUUUUCAUAAGCUAAGUUAAAAGUACUAAAAGCACUUUUGUUUAUUGAUCUUUUUAUUUUCAUAAGCUAAGUUAAAAGUACUAAAAGCACUUUUGUUUAUUGAUUAAUUUUAUUUUCUUAAGUCAAGUUAAAAGUACUACAAACACCUUGGUUCAUUGAUAUGUUUCAUUUCAAGUAUCUUAUUUAUUCCAGUUUGUUUCAGAAAUCUACAGCUUAGUUUUGGGUUGUAAUUGCACAAGUUAGUAAUAAGAAAAUGAUUUUAGUUUGGUCACAUGUUUUUUUUUUAUUGACGUUGAAUGUUGCAGGAAGACCUGUUUAGGGUGCACCCUACCUCUUGCCUAACCAGCCCUCUAUGACCCUGCUAAGGAAUAAGUGGUGGAAAAUGAAUCAAUGGAUGUUGUAAGAAAAAAAUGUGAAAUACAAAUGCAGUUCUAACUAUUGCUCACAGUGUUCUUUUAAUUAGAGAAAAAUAAACUAAAUGUAAUCAAA